AUGAUCAAUUUGACCUCUUUUAUUUUCUUUUUUUCUCUCGGCCAGACGUAUGCAGCCACUGACCCUGGUUACGACUGUCGACCUGGUCAAAAUUGCUGGCCAUCUAUGCGCGAAUGGCAACAAUUCAACACCAGUAUCGAUGGGCAUCUUUAUGAAACCGUUCCAAUUGCCGCUCCCUGUUAUAAAAACUCCCCUUACUAUGAUGAAGCUGCCUGCAAGGUCAUCGAAGACUACUACGGUGGUAGUGUCCUUCGUGGUGAGCAUUUUGGACAAACCUACUGGUUAAACUGGGAGACCUGUCAUAAUUCUGGCUGUACGCUUCUCGAGACCAACCCGCAAGAGACUAUGUACCCUAAAUGCUCCCUUGGGAGACUGGCGUCUUACUAUGUUGACGUUCGCAACUCGUCCCAUAUCUCUGCCGCACUUCGAUUUGCGAAAACCCACAACAUUCGCAUCAGUAUAAAGAACACGGGUCAUGAUUUUUAUGGACGAUCAUCGGUGCCAAACACUCUUGCCAUUUGGACUCACAAUCUCAACACACUCAAGCUUUACUCCAAUUUCACCGCCAACAAUUGUCCUUCAGCGAAUGGGCAGAAUGUUGGAGAACUUGGAGCCGGUGUCAUCGCCGGUGAUGCCUACCGUUUCUUCAACGGUCAUGGCAUGGAUAUCACCGGAGGUUAUGAGCAAUCUGUCGGCCUCGCCGGUGGGUUUGGUCAGGGAGGAGGUAUCGGAUCCUUUACAACAACCUACGGCUUGAUGGCCGACAAUGCGGUUGAAUUCGAAGUGGUGACUGCCGACGGAGAAUUGCGCAUUAUCAACCAGUGCAAUGAUCCAGAGCUUUUCUGGGCCAUGCGUGGCGGAGGAGGCGGCACCUUUGCCGUCCUCACCAAGUAUCGCGUCCAAACGUAUCCUUCGCUGCCGAUUCAUACCUACACUUUUAGUGCCAAUUUCACAGGCGCCGAUUACAACUCCAAUGCGACAAAAAAUGUCGCUCUCCGCGAGAUCAUGACCGCCCAUGCAGAGAACCAAAUCGACUGGUCGGCCCAGCUGGUGACAGGGCAGAUUGACUACUUUCCCGAGCGAUUCUCUAUCGGCCUCGUCUUGCCCUACGGCGACGACGGCUCCAAGUUGAAAUCCGCCACCGCAUCUUUUGCCAAAUUCUUGAACAACCGAACCGACCUCUCCGUUUCUGAAAAUGGCUACAACACCUACACCAAUUAUGCAGGCUAUCUGUCCGUCGCUGCCGCCGUUGCCAAGGUCACGGAGCCGUCUGGCAUUUUCUCUCUAUUGGGCUCCCGACUCAUUCCUCGCAAAGUCUUCACUGCCCCUGACAGUAUUGAUGAGUUGGUUGAUGGUAUUUUGCAGGGCAUUGCAACGUCGAGAAGUCUUCUCAAUCUGACGGGAGCCCAAAUUGUCCCAGAAACACCCGUCACCAAUCUCGAUAGCAACCAAGCAUCCUCCGUCAAUCCAGCCUGGCGCGAUGCCCUCUGGCAUGUGAUUCAUGUUGGAGAAUGGUUGGAACCACUGGAGGACGACGUACUGCAGAAGGUCGCUGAUGGAUUCCUAAAAUUGUUGGAUCCCCUGAAGAAAUUGAGCCCUGGCGGUGGAGCGUACCUCAACGAAGCGCACUAUUUGGAGCCAGAAUGGCAGCAAACCUACUUUGGCUCACACUAUGCCAAACUUCUGGAGGUGAAGAGUCAGUACGACCCUACUCACAUCUUUGAUUGUUACAAGUGUGUUGGAUGGAGAGGCGAGGAAGAGUGA